AUGGCGGACAGCAUGCCGGUGCUCCAGAAGGAGCUCAGUCAGAUCUCUCGGAAAGCAAGUCUGACACCAGCCGUCAACGACAUGGACAAGAUGAUCGCGCAUCUAGAAGCAGUGAGGGAACAGGUAGCCUCAGGUACGUGGAUAGCAUACUCCCGCCUGGUGCAGAGUACCGAAAAGAGACUGACCUUGGAUGCAGCACAAGACCCCCAUUCAGCUGGACUAGCCAUGACACGAUUGCAAAACCCGAUCAAGGAAGGGUUCGAACAAGUAAACGAGGAUCUGAAGAGGGUCUCUAAAGUACAGCGAGAGUUUGGAAAGUCAUUAGACAAGCACUUCCCCUCCAAGCCUUUACCGACCGAGCACGACGCCAUGGCUAAGCACCAUACCCUUAUCAACCGUGCCAUCGCUAUGCACCUGCUACGGGAAGGUCAGUUUAAUGUGGCCAGCACAUUCAUCGAAGAAGCAGCGGACCUGUCGCAGCCCUUGCCACCGGAGGACGACGUCGAAGAUGCCGAUGACGAUGCCGACAUGGAGACGGACGAGGACGAGGAGGGUGAAGUACACCACCAUUCACAUGCGCACGAGCCGCCACAUACAGAACUGGCCAGCAUCCAGUCUGCCGAGCUCCAGUCCCAGUUCGCACACAUGUACUCAAUACUACAAGCACUGCGCGCCCACGACCUCGGCCCUGCCAUAGAUUGGGCGCGGUCAAACUCGGAGGAGCUAGAGGCAAGAGGUUCCAAUCUCGAGUUUGAGCUCAGCAAGCUGCAGUUCGUGUGGCUCUUCAAGGGCGCCGGGCAGCACGCGGGCGUCGCAUCACACGAACCUCCCUUUUCCAGAGCGCGCGUCGACGAGGCCCUCCUCUACGCCCGCGAGCACUUUGCGCGAUUCCAGCCCCGCCACCUCCACGAGGUCCAGCAGCUGGCCUGCGCCCUCGUCUUCGCCUCCAACAUCCGCGACUCGCCCUACGCCGCUCUCUUCGGCGAGGACGCCGCCUCGCCGGCCGCGGCCGUCGUCGACGAGGAAGACAUCUCCCCGCCCGUCACCACGACGGCCACCAGCCUCGGCGGGCCGCUGGACGAGGUGGCCGCCUCCUUCACGCGCGAGUUCUGCAGCCUGCUGGGCCUGUCGGCCGAGUCGCCGCUCUACGUGGCCGCGACGGCGGGCGUCAUCGCCCUGCCGCGGCUCAUCAAGUACAUCAGCGCCACGCGCUCGCAGCGCACCGAGUGGACGACGGCCGACGAGCUCGCGUUCGAGACGCCGCUGCCGUCGUCGAUGAUCUACCACUCCAUCUUUGUCUGCCCCGUCUCCAAGGAGCAGACGACCGACACCAACCCGCCCAUGAUGCUGCCCUGCGGGCACGUCCUGGCGCGCGAGUCGCUGCAGCACCUGACCAAGGGCACCAAGUUUAAGUGCCCGUAUUGCCCGUCCGAGGGACACACCAAGGACGCCAGGCAGAUCGUCUUGUAG